AUGUAUGCGACCUCCUCGCGUGUCAUCAUCAGAGAAGAUCCUCAGGCGGCGUCGGUGUACAUCGCCGAAUACAUCGUCAGCCGCAUCAAGGCAUUCAACCCAACCGAGAACCAACCGUUCGUGCUGGGCUUGCCUACUGGCAGCAGCCCCGAGAUCAUCUACAAGCUCCUCGUGCAGCGCCACCGCGCUGGCGAGAUCUCGUUCAAGAAUGUGGUGACGUUCAACAUGGAUGAAUACGUCGGCCUGCCUCGCGACCACCCCGAGUCCUACCACAGCUUCAUGUACAAGCACUUCUUCUCGCACGUGGACAUUCCGCCGCAGAACAUCAACAUCCUCGACGGGAACGCCACCGAUCUGGUCGCCGAGUGUGCCUCGUUCGACGCACGCAUUGCCCGCUACGGUGGUAUCGAGCUCUUCCUGGGUGGCGUCGGUCCUGACGGCCACAUUGCCUUCAACGAGCCCGGCUCCUCCCUCAGCAGCCGUACCCGUGUCAAGACACUGGCCUACGACACCAUCCUGGCCAACUCGCGCUUCUUCGACAACGACGUGAACAAGGUACCGCGUAUGGCCAUGACCGUUGGAAUUCAGACCAUCAUGGAUGCGCGGGAGGUGGUGAUCGUCGCAACCGGUGCCCACAAGGCAUUUGCCGUGCAGAAGGGUCUUGAGGAUGGCGUCAACCAUAUGUGGACCCUCUCUGCUCUGCAGCUGCACCAGCACCCGCUGGUUGUCUGUGACCGAGAUGCCACUCUGGAGCUCAAGGUCAAGACCGUUCGCUACUUCGAGUCGAUUGAGCAGGCCGGUACCGAUGCCCGCACCCAGGGACCUGCUCUGGUCUACCGUCCCCGCACCUAUGUCCCCGCCCCGCUGCCUGUGAAGAAGGCCUCGCCUAAGCAGGAGCCCACUCCUGAUGGAACCCCGGAGAAGGUGCCCAAGGACCUGCGCAUCAACACCGAGCUUCGCCGCUCCCAGGAGGAAGAUGAGCUCACCCCAGACAGCAUGUCUUCGCGCAUGAUCGAUUCGGCCGUCGGCGGACUUGAUGGUGCUCUAAAGAACGACCUGACCUUUGAUCGUAUGGGUGCCAGAAUGACCACUCUCUCAUAA